AUGUCAGAAGAAAAUAAGCCAAACGUUAUAGUCAUUGGUGCUGGUGGUGUUGGUGUUGUGACUGCAUACUCUUUAAGUUUUAAUGGUGGUAGUAAAGUAUCUAUGGUAAUUAGAUCAGAUUACCGCCAUGUUAUUAAGAAUGGAUAUACCAUCAACUCAUGCGAUUAUGGCAAGAUCGAAGGUUGGAAACCUGAUUUUAUAUAUAGUAGCACAGCAGAAGCUGCUAAGGAAUCAUCUGUAUUCUUUGAUUACGUUGUAGUGACUACAAAAAAUAUCCCCGAUGGUCCAAAAAAUUCUACUGUCAGUGAGAUUAUUCGCCCCUUAGUUGAGGCUAAUGACAAGAUGAAUUCAGAUAAGAAGACAAGUGUUAUUCUAGUUCAAAAUGGCAUUGAUUUAGAAAAAGAAUUAAUUGAAAAAUUCGAUGCCAGUAGGUUAAAUCUGAUAUCUGGUAUUCAAUUUAUUGGUUCUACAAAAAUAGGUAAAGGUGUAAUCGAUCAAAUCGGCAAAGACCGUUUAUUUGUUGGUUCCUUUGAUCCAUCUGCUUCCGACUCAAAGCAGGCUGCGCAAAAAUAUAUUGAAUUAUAUUCAAAUAAAGAUUACAAUAUUGUUGAAUAUGAACCCAGAUCAAGGUAUGCCAGAUGGAAGAAGUUAUUAUAUAAUGCUGCUAUCAACACUACGACUGCUUUAGUUGGUCUAGACGUUCCUCGUGCUUUACAAUUUUCUAUUAACGGCCAAACAAGCACAGAAAAAAUGAUAUUCGAACCUGCUAUGAGAGAAAUCAUUGCCAUUGCUGCAACAGAAGGUAUAGUAAUUGAAGAAGAAUUUAUAGAUUUUUUCCUAAACAUUUCCAAGAAUAUCUUAUUCAAACCAUCAAUGUGUGUAGACGCUGAGAAGGGUCAACUGAUGGAAUUGGAAGUCAUAUUAGGUAAUCCUAUAAGAAUUGCAAAUAAAAACAAUGUCAGUACUCCAACACUUUCAAUGUUGUACGGUUUACUAACCCUAGUUCAAUCCAAACUGAAGGAACAGAAAGGGUUAUUGAAGUUUGAUGAAAAGACUUUGUCACUCAAAGAGUCAUCUUAA